AUGGCUCAAGUAGCAGCAGUCCCACAGCCGGCGGCCAAGGCUUACCCAGAGGAUGAUGCAUCUGUGGACACGAACGAUGCCCUGUUGGAAAUGUUGGGUCUUGCCAUCGAUCCAUCCGCCGAUGGUGUGACAACAAAUGAUUCCUGUUCUCCACCGUUGACUUCUAUUCUCGUCAUGGACGAAGAAGAAGAUCCUGCCUCAGGCGACGACAUUGACUGUCACUCGAAGAACAAUCCUCUUCUUGUUUCCAUCCAACCUAUUCCCUUGCCUCCCCGCUGCGCUCGUUACGGUCAAUCUGCAAAUAAUGCCGUGGCCGUGGUGGUGGACCAUUUCGUUUCCGCUGCGGAGUGUCGGGAUAUUUUGGAGUUGGCACAAACGGACGCUCGUGGAUUUCAGUACAUUACCGAAGCCUCUCAUACGGCACCCGACGGGACACUCUAUAAAGUUCCACUCCAGCAUCCCAAUCCACACAAAUUGGCCGUGUUUGAAAAUCACAAAAUGGUGGACCGACUUUGGAAGCGCAUGGUCGACACGAAAUUACUGCUGAAGUCGACACUCUUGCGUCAUUGUAAUAAAUUUGGUCCUCCGCGUGGAUUGAAUCCUCGAUUGCGCGUACUGCAGUACGAUGCCCAAGAUCAAGAUCGAUUCGAACCCCAUUUUGAUGCCACCACUCGUGUCGGAACAUCAUUCGUUUCCCGCAUUACCGUCUUGCUGUAUUUGAACGACGGCGGUGGAGUGGAUUUCGAAGGAGGCGAAACACGCUUUUUGAAUGCCCACAUUUCCAAUUUUAACAACCAGCACACAACGGCUAGUAGUAGUUCCGAGGAGGAAGACCACUCGAAUGACGGACAACAUGUCAUUACUCCUCAAACGGGACGACUCGUCUUGUUUGAGCAUGACUUGUAUCAUGCCGGAGCACCGCUUCAAUGGGGAACCAAGCAUGUCUUGCGAACGGAUAUCGUCUUUGAGGACGAUGAUAGUGACGACGCCCCUGACACACCACCACAAGAUGGCACACCACCACCCAAGCCAUUGUUGGUGCACGACUUUUGCCAAGAAUGGACCGAUCAAAAUCGAGCCGUCUUGGACGAUCUGGGCGUAUUGCACGGGACUUUGGAAUCCUUUCUCGUCCCGGGCGUGGGGUUGCUCACGCAAUUGUUGCUCGAAGGGGGGAUUCCACGUCCCCAAAUUGAUCAGCUCUUAAAAGUGGUCCAAGAGCAUGUCAAGUAA